AUGUCUGUCGUCGGUAUUGAUCUGGGGACGGCCAACACGGUUAUUGCCGUCGCGCGCAACCGUGGAGUCGACGUCGUCACCAACGAAGUCUCCAACCGCUCGACGCCGACCCUCGUCGGCUUCGGCCCCAAGAGCAGAUACCUCGGCGAGGCCGCCAAGACGCAGGAGAUCUCCAACCUCAAGAACACUGUUGGCUGCCUGCCGCGUCUCGCUGGCCGUAGCCUGAAGGAUCCCGAUGUCGUUAUCGAGCAGGAGUUCAUCUCCGCCCCGCUUGUCGACAUCAAUGGCCAGGUCGGCGCCGAGGUCACCUACCUGGGCAAGAAGGAGCAGUUCACUGCCACCCAGAUGAUUGCCAUGUACCUCACCAAGAUCAAGCAGACCGCUUCUGCCGAGCUCAAGCUGCCCGUUUCCGACGUUGUCAUCAGCUGUCCUGCCUGGUUCACUGAUGCCCAGCGCCGUAACAUCAUCGACGCCGCCGACAUCGCCGGCCUCAAGACCCUCCGUCUCAUGAACGACACCACUGCCACCGCUCUGGGCUACGGUAUCACCAAGCUGGACCUGCCCGCCCCCGAGGAGAAGCCGAGGCGCGUCGUCUUUGUCGACAUCGGCCACAGCAACUACACUUGCUCCGUCGUCGAGUUCAAGAAGGGCGAGCUGGCCGUCAAGUCGACCGCUUACGACCGCCACUUUGGUGGUCGCAACUUCGACAAGGCCGUUGUCGACCACUUCGUCACCGAGUUCAAGGAGAAGUUCAAGAUCGACAUCAACGAGAACCCCAAGGCCAGGGUCCGUCUGACCGCUGCCUGCGAGAAGCUCAAGAAGGUUCUGUCCGCCAACGCCGGUGCCCCCAUCAGCGUCGAGUCCAUCAUGAACGACGUCGAUGUCCGCGGUUUCCUCAAGCGUGAGGAGCUGGAGGAGCUCAUGAAGCCGCUCCUUGAGCGCGCCACCAAGCCGCUCGAGCAGGCUCUCGCCGAGGCCAAGCUCAAGCCCGAAGACAUUGACUCGAUUGAGCUCGUCGGUGGCUGCACCCGUGUCCCUGCCCUCAAGGCCGCGAUCCAAGACUUCUUCGGCAAGCAGCUCAACUUCACUCAGAACGCCGACGAGGCCAUUGCUCGCGGUUGCGCCUUCAGCUGCGCCAUCCUUUCUCCCGUCUUCCGUGUCCGCGACUUCUCCGUCCACGACAUCGUCAACUACCCCAUUGAGUUCACCUGGGAGAAGUCGCCCGACAUCCCCGAUGAGGACACCAACCUGACUGUCUUCAACAGGGGCAACACCAUGCCCUCUACCAAGAUCCUCACCUUCUACAGGAAGCAGCCCUUCGACCUGGAGGCCAGAUACGCCAAGCCUGACGGCCUUCCCGGCAAGACCAACCCGUGGAUUGGUCGCUUCUCUGUCAAGGGUGUCAAGGCGGAUGCCAAGGAUGACUUUAUGAUUUGCAAGCUGAAGGCUCGCCUGAACCUUCACGGUAUCCUUAACCUGGAGCAGGGCUACUACGUCGAGGAUAAGGAGGUGGAGGAGCCCAUUCCUGAGGAGAAGAAGGAGGGUGAUGCCAUGGACGUUGACGCCAACGGCAGCGCGGACAAGCCCAAGACUCGCAAGGUCAAGAAGCAGGUCCGCAUGGGCGACCUUCCUCUCUCUUCCGGUACCGCAUCGCUGGACCAGGCCUCCAAGGAGACGGCCGCUGAGCGCGAGGCCGCCAUGAUCAUGGAGGACAAGCUCGUCGCCGACACGGAGCACAUGAAGAACGAGCUCGAGGGCUUCAUCUACGAGCUCCGUGGCAAGCUCGACGACGUGUACGCCGAGUUCGUCAGCGACGAGGAGAAGGAGAAGAUCAAGGCCAAGCUCGAGGCUUCUGAGGACUGGCUCUACGAGGAUGGCGAGGACACCACCAAGGCUGUCUACGUCUCCAAGAUUGAGGAGAUUCGCGCCCUUGCCGGCCCUGUCAUCCAGCGCUACAACGACAAGCUUAUGGCCGAGCUUGAGGCCAAGCGGAAGGUCGAGGAAGAGGCGGCUGCGGCCAAGCGCGCUGAGAUUGAGGCCCGUCAGAAGGCCGAGGCGGAAAAGAAGCAGGCUGCGGAGGCCCCCAAGGCUGAGUCCAAAGACGCUGAGAUGACUGACGCGGACAAGCCGGCCGAGACGGAGGAGGCGAAAUAG